AAUCCUGUGCUCGUCUUCGUUUGUCUGCUCAGGAUUGGGCCGAGGAGUGAAGCACAUUCCUGAAGGAGUCGAGGACUGCUGUCUUAAGCUUAUGAGAAAACAGCCUGCUCACACCAUGCCCGUCAAGAUGGCCGCCAGCUUUUCCUGCCCUCACUGGAACGACUUGGGACAAGGAUGUGUGUUGCCAUGGUGAUCAUUUUCAAGAAAACACUGGAAAAGAAGGGUGCUGACGAUGUAACAUCCAAAAGUACAGAUUUGGGCCCGUUCCAAUCACAGACCAUGAGCCAGGGGACUGCCCUUUUCUCUUGUGGACUCAUGGAGUCGAGCCGGUGGCGUGAGCUGAGUCAUAGCUGUGCCAUACAGCAGAGGCCGGUGGGGACCAGCCUGGAGAGCCUGUGGGACGUCCUGCCUGAGGUGCACAAGAGUUCCGCCCACUGGGAUUGGGAUGUGGGCUCCACUUCGACCACAAUCACCAGCUUGUUGCAUGACCUCAGCCUUACUGAGGCAGCGUCCUCGCACAUCACCGCCCCCCCCAGCAAGCGGCAGUGCCGGUCCCUGUCUUGCUCCGAUGAGCUCGGUGGUUGCCGCUCGACCUGGCGCCCUCAGGGCUCUCGCGUGUGGACGACGGUGGAGAAGAGGCGAUGCCACAGCGGGGGAAGCGUCCAGCGGGUGGGGAAUGCUCAUCUGGGCUUCCCGGCCAUGCAGCGCAGCUCCAGCUUCAGCCUGCCUGCCCGCUGCAACACCCUGGAGCUGCCCUGCUUCACCCAGCUCCCCUCUGCCUUCAGCAGCCUGACGCCAUCCUCCUCCACCAUCCUGCUCCCCGAGCCCCCGGCACAGCCCCUCUACCUCUCACAUGAACAAAUCUGCCUCCUCGAGCCUCGUGGACCCACGCCAACCAGCUCAACUGACUCUACCCCAGAGCUGGAGCGCCGUGGUGGGCAGGGGGGUCUGGCCCGGAGUCGCUCACAGCCAUGUGUUCUUAAUGACAAGAAGAUUGGUGUGAAGCGUAGACGACCAGCUGACACGCAUAAACAGAGGCCUUCUUUGGACCUGGCCAAGAUGACGCAGAAACUUCGGAAUUUCCACAGCCUUAGCUGCCCUGGCAUCACCGGCGAAGAUGUCUGCGAGACAAGCCAAGCCCCACCCCCUCUCAGGAGCACUGCUCAGGGCGACGACUCGUCAGCAAACAAACGCAACCUGGAGGACAUUCAGCCUCGGACCAAAGAGGGCGAGAUCACCGGGACUGUGCCUUCUGACCCCAGCAUCGAGGAGGUGGACUGGAUGGCGGGGUCGACCAAUGGGACGGACAGUGAGCCUCUGUGGGCGGAGCUGUGUAGCAUGAGGAAGGACGUUUAUCAGCUUGGAGGCGAGCUGGACAUUGAGCAAAUUGAGAGGAACUGAGCUGGACUGUCUUCCUCUUGGCGGACGUUAAUUUAGGGGACAGAGCUUAUCACAAGGUGGUACAGUAAACAGUACUGAUAGUCUUAAGGACAAAGCAAGUGGAAAGCUAAUGCAGUGACCGUUCCAGCACUUGUUUGUUUAUUUUCUAAGGAGAGAUUGGGGCUGAACACCCAUUUUGGAUGCUAUGUGUAGUCAGAAGCUACUCCACCACUGUGGGUAUCUCAACCGUGUCUCAGGAGAACAAAGAAGUCGAGGACGGAAUCGGGUGGAGAUAAAAGGACUGAUAAAUAUAAAAAUGACAUUUUAAUGUUGGCUCAAAGACUAGGGUUUUUAACAUUUCUCUGUAACCCUGAUUAUCUUCAUUGUACUGUUUGGAGAGAAUUCACAGCAGGUUUGUAUAAAUUCUCUGCACUAGAAAGAGUGUCCGCUCCUCUGACGUCCUUCGAUAGCACGCGACGGACAGACAUGAAGACUACUUGGAGAGCGCCCAUUAGUAAAGCCCCUUUCAAUCUUACUGAACAACGAGCUGCACGCACACAUAAUGUCAAGUAUAUUGAAGAGCUUAACAUUUCACACGGUAACAUCAGGCAUCUCCGAGAUCCUCCGUUUGUGUGAGAGAAACUUUGUGAUGCUAAUAGCGUUAAUAUUCUUUCUUUUUACGAUUUGUAACUACAAAGUUAUGUAAAACAUGAGCAUAUUUCUAUACAAAUAAAACACAGUUCUAAAUGUGUCA